GGUUGUGAUGUAUUGGGUUUGCGUAUCACGGAAAUUGCAAAAUUGGUAAAAUCCUCACAACAUCAAGUCACGUUAUUACUCUGGAGUACCAACUGUAAUACUAAAUGUGAUGAAGAGAGUUUAUGUGCUGCACCCAUGCCACGUUCGUUGCAAAGGCUCUCGCUAGUAGUACAAACUGUAUUAAGUUUAAUCGAAUGUCCCGUUUGUCUGGACACGAUAACACCACCCGCAAUGCAAUGUCAAAAUGGUCAUUUGCUGUGUGUCAAUUGUCGUAUACGUGCUGAAAAGUGUCCAGUGUGCCGGGAUCGUUAUUAUCCAAGACCGGCUUUAAUUGCUGAACAAAUACAGUCGGCCAUUACAAGUGCUUUGAAUUUAUGUCGCAAUGAAGAUAAAGUGCGUCAGAAAAUCUUCGGACGGCACAAGAGACAACGACAAUUGGUGAAGACAACAUUGGAAUGUUUGGGACAAAAACAACCACUACAACAAGUACAUAAAUCCUUAACGACAGACUUACAACAUCUAGAGCAAAAAUCGUUAGACGUUAAAACUUGUAGUACAAAAACAAUCAAUAGAAAAUGUGAUAGAAAAGUAACAGACAAGUUUUUCAAAUGUGGCAGUGGCAACAAAAGUACAACAUGCAAUAAAUUUUUAACAAAACUUUUAAACUCGAAAGCAUAUUCAAUGGAAAAUCUAACAAAUGACCAUAAUAAUACUACAACAACUAACAACAUUUUCAACACUUGCCACACAACGAUAUUGUCUGCAAUAUCUCAACCUCAAUUGUUUGCGAUACAACCGACACACGAACCUGGGGGUGCAGACACUGGAUUACAAAUGCAAUUUGUAACAAGACAUCAGCAACAACAGACAUCAUCAUCACCCUUAUCAUCAUUAGUAACAAACACAAAUCAAUUUAACGAUUUACCCAGAACUGUUGCUACUAAACAUCACUACAUGCUAACGCACAAACCCAAUAUAGUUAGUACUGAAAAUAAUUUGAACAUGAAUUCAAAACUCUGUUGCAAGCGAAAGCCCAAUAAUAAAAUAGAACAUUUAUCAAUAUCAACCGAUAUAGAUUUAACAAGAACCAAAGAAAAUAUAACAUGUCUUUUGGAAUCACCCCAGAUAGUUAUGAAUGGCAAUAAUAAAAGACCCUGUCCAACAACAAUAUGUGAAACAUCAUAUGCCACAAUACCAAGAGCCAUAAAAAUAAAGGAGAAACAUUUCACACAACGAACCAUGUGUCAAAAUGAUAUACAGGCAGUCAAAGUUACAGAAUCUUCAGUGUUGCAAACAAAUUUACCAAAAUCACACAGUUCAUCAAUGACAUCUUUAAAUUUAAGUUUAACAAUGUCUUCAUCAGCUACUACUACUACUGCUCCUUCUACAACGUCUUAUUGUUGCUGUUAUAACUGUUGUAGUUGUUCGGCAUCAUCGUCUUGCUCAGUAAUAGCUCAAAACUGUCAGUCUUCAUUGUCGACACCAACAUCAUCACCACCACCAGCAUCACCAUCCACAGCAACACACUAAAGCAAUUUCUUAUACAUCAUCUUUAUACGUUUAAUCAUAAUCUUCAUUAUCAAUGAAAGCUGUUGUUGUUGUUAUAGCUUUAGCAGUAACAGCACAGACAUUAUUUCUACAAGAAAAUCUUACUAAUUUUCUUCAUCACCUGUUGCUUAAUAUUGCUGGUUGGUUGACUGAGUAUUUCUUUAUAUUUCCAUCACCACUGGCAACAACACCAGGACUUAGUAGCAUCUUUAUUGCUCAAAUUCAAAUCUUGGACUUUAUUAUAUCAACGAAAUGUCAUAUAAAAAUCAUUGUAUGAUUAAUAAGGAUACUUAACGCUUUUAUCAUUUAUAAGAAGACAGAAAGAAAAAUACUUUAUUAAUGGUUUCCUAUUAUGUUUUUCCUUAAUAUUAUCAGUGAGUGUGUAAGAUGUUGCUGCUGUUUCCUUGUACAGUUGCAAUACAAGUGGCCGCCACACAGCCAGUCAGCGUUUGCUUUUGUAACUGGCAUCAAAUAUUGAAAGUGUUGAUUACAUGUUGGAAACUCGAUUAAGUGGUAGUAAUAACUGUAAUGGAUGCUGUCACGGAAACGGAAAUGCAAAUGUCACAUAAUAACGCUGACUACAAACGGAAUUUCCUUCACCCCACUCUUCAACACCUCUUCAACUAAUUUCAUGUUUUAAAUAUGUAUAAAGCGCCCAACAACAUUGCCACCAUAAUCAUCGCCAUCUUUAUUCCAUCCAGGUCAAUUGUGCAAUCUUAAGAGAUGACAGCAAUGCAAACAUCAGUUCUCAAAUAAUGCCAUCAUCUACAAAGAGGAGGAGCAGAAGACAUAAAUGAAUUCAACAAAAAAACUUUAAUAAUGGAAUAAAAAUAGUUCUCCAAGACUUUAUCAGUCAUGAUGACAAUAACAACUACGUUUGCAUAAAAUGUACGUACGCCUUCAAAAUAUUAGAAAAUCUUUGAAAAAUUAAAAGAAAAAAUUCAUAAAUGUACCAUCUAAUGGCAUCUUCUACCGCAACCUCAUUAAAGUUUAAAAGCUGCUAAUUUGGUUUGAUAAUUUAAAUUUGAAAUAGAAUAAUAUUAUCUUAA